ACGGCACUCUAUUGCUUCUCCCCUCACCGGGUGGAGGAAGAGGAAUGGAAUCGAUGUCCUCCGCGCUCGAUUGGCUCGCCUGACCGGCCCUGUCAUGGCGGCACCCAGGGAGGAGACACGUGGCCUCUUCGGGCAGGGGGUCCGGGCUGUAUUGGGCAGCUGGACUGCGCUUCAGAUUGCAGUGGAGAAUGGCUUUGGGGGGACCCAUGGGCCCGAGAAGGCAGCAUGGCUGGGGGGUGCCGUGGAGGAGUAUUUCCACAACAACGCUGACCUGGAGCAGGACGAGAUCGAGGACUUCCUGGCCGAGGUGCUGGACCGUGAGUUUGACACUGUUGUUGAAGAUGGCAGUUUGGCUCAGGUGAGCCAGCAGCUACAGUGGCUGUUUGGGCAGUGCCAGAGUGGGGAGACGGGGUCCGCCCACAAUGCCAUUGCUCGCCUGGCCCAGGCUGCUCCCCGGGCCUGUGUGCUUGCAGCCCAGGCCCAGCCUGAAUCCCAGAGCAGUGAGGAGGAGGAGGAGGAAGAAAUGCCGGAGGCCAUGGAGUGCAGCAGGGCUGAGCCACCCCCCAGCCCUCCACCCGCCCCUGAGGAUGGCUGGACCCUAGUCCAGAAGAAGAAGAAGAAGUGAGUGAGGAAAGCAGAGGAGGUGUUUCCUGCUCCCCCCCCACCCCACAUGCCUCUGGACAUCAUGGACUGUAUGCUGGCAGGUGGUAGAUGGACUGUUUGUGGAUUAGGAAGAAGCUGGUGGCCUCCAGCUAACCCCCUCCCUGCCCUCAACAGAUGGAUGCCUCUGGACUCGCCUGGCACCAGGAUGCAGCCAGCUCUGGGGUGGAACAACUGAGUAUAACAUCAUAAAGGAGGGCUGAGAUGCUUCCAGCUCUCAGCUGAGUAUAACACGACAAGGGAGGACAGAGAUGUGAAUAGCUCUGGUGUGGAAUUGCUGAAUGUAACAAAGGAAGCAGGGGAGAUGCAGCCAGUUCUGGGGUAGAAUGGCUGAGUAUAAUGCCAGGAAGAGGACUGACAUGCAGCCAGUUUUGGGGUGGAAUGACUGCGUAUAAGACAAGGGGAAUGGUCGGGGGGAGGGAGAUGUGGCUGACUCUGGGUUGGAAUGGCUGUAUGUAACACCACCAGAGAGGGCAGAGAUAUGACUGGCUCAGGUGGAUAAGCUGGUGAAUGGCUAAGUAUAACAGCAUCCCCACCUCGCCCCUUCCCCCCCCCCCCACCUGUACAAAGUCCCCUUCCUCCCCUGUGGAAAAAUCCACCUCUGUAUUAUUAUGAAUAAAUAAUUACAGUGAUUUGUUAAUCAUGAAAAA